GGCUCAUCGUGAUGUCUUGCGUUUUCCGCCGAUCGAUGGUUCCUUUGCGGCGUACGAACAUCGGGCCGACCCGUCGUUUCAACACGGCCGGCGAAGGAUCGGCUCAAGGAAGUUCGCCCCCACCUCCCAUCGGGGAUUGGGCACGCCGGUUGACCAAGUACGAACUUCACUAUAAGCAGUUUGUGUCGCGGCUUCAAGGCACGGGGGACCGCAAAUGGGUUGGCAAAGGUCCGUUCAUCGGAUUUGUUGGAGGUGUCUUCGUCGGGGGCUCAUUGUUUUCGGAAUGCGGAACUCGCAACGAUGAGGCUACCCUCCGCCAUGUAAAGUCAUUGGAAAAAGAAUGGCAAGACGACUCCCGCGAACUCAAGAAUCGCUUGAUCACGAUUCAACAGACAGUGGACCAGUUGAAGCGUCCCAAUGCGUCGUACCCGUACACAACGCGCCCGCAAGUCUAAGCCAUGACCGUAAGAAGCCAUGAGCGCAAUAAUCUCAUGGAUUAAAACAAGCAUAGUUAUCGCAAACUCACUCUACG